CUUAUACUAGCAGCUACACCCCUAAACGUAAACAUACCCUGUGACCGAUCUUUGUUUACUGUCAACAAACACAGCACACAUACACGCCCCCAAAUAAAUCUCACGACAUCGCUCGCCGCGUUCAUAACAUUUGCCUUUGACCAGUUUUAUCCGGGCUUCGAACACUGACCCAAAAUGGUGGACUACGACGCCGCUCUCGGCUACCUGGGGUCGCUUGGAAAGUACCAGGCGGCCCAGGUGGCCAUGAUUUGGCUCAUUGUCUUCCCGGGAAACUUUCACAUGCUGUCCAUGCCUUUUAUAGGCGCACGGGUUUCACAUCACUGUGCAAUUCCUGAAUCCCAAGCUGCGGGAUUACAACCUGAGGACGCCUGCGUUCUGAACUACUCUCUCCCGUGGACGUACGACCAAACGACGGAGACGUUUUCCCCAAGCUCAUGCCUUCGUUACGACGUCAGCGUGUACGAGCUUGGGAAUCUGUCCUGCCCAUUAAUGAGAGACACGACAGAAAACAGGACAGAGAAACCCUGCGAUGCAGGCUGGCUGUAUGAUCGUCAGCAGUACAAGAGCAGCAUUUUUAUGGAGUUCGACCUCGUGUGUGAAAACCAGGCCCUGAACAACCUGGCACAGGCCAUGUACAUGUUGGGAGUUCUCAUUGGGUCUAUCGGCUUCGGACAGCUGUCAGACAUUAUCGGCAGGAAGAAGACCAUGUUCCUGGCCAUCUUUGUGCAAGUCGUGUUCGGGGUAGCGACGAUAUUCGCGCCCAACUACGCGGCGUUUGUCAUCUUCCGUCUGAUCGUGGGAGGGGGAGUUCUGGGCGCCUUCCUUUCCGGGUUUGUGAUAGUAACGGAGCUUGUCGGAGCGGAUAAGAGAACGCUUGUGGGGACGUUACUACAGGCGGCGUUCUCCACCGCUAACAUCGCACUGGCGGGGAUCGCGUACGCAGUCCGGGACUGGCGCACACUACAACUUGUAGUCUCGGUUCCUAACAUAGCCAUGCUGUUCUUCUGGUGGUUUGUAGGGGAGUCUCCCAGGUGGCUGCUGUCCAAAGAUCGUGACGAGGAGGCGGAGGCAAUCGUCCGGAAAGCCGCGAAAAUGAACGGAGUCACGAUUCCCGAGGAGGUCUACAGCACAAAAGUGCAACGCGCCGAAAAAGAACCUGUCGACGAGAAACGUUACAGCGCUAUCGACCUGGUCAGGACUCCAAACAUGGCCAAAAUGUCCGUGGUCGUCUUCCUCAACUGGUUAGUUGUGACGAUGGUAUUUUACGGCCUGGCGCUGAACACGUCAUCACUGGCCGGUGACGACUAUCUCAACUUCUUCAUCAGCGGCGCUGUAGAUAUCGUGGCGUACUUCAUCGCAGUCUUUGCCAUCGAGUAUUUCGGAAGGCGCAAGCCACAUGUUUCCCUGAUGCUGAUUGGAGGGAUAGCCUGCAUCAUCACUCCAUUCUUGGCGCCGCCUUUCCUAGCACAGAAUUUGAACGCCAUAUCCGUCACUACGUCUAUGAUCGGCAAGUUCGGCAUCACCUCUGCUUUCACCAUCAUUUACAUCUGGACAGUCGAGAUGUACCCAACAGUGGUCAGAAAUGUUGGAAUCGGAGCGUCCUCCAUGUGGGCUCGAGUUGGCGGCAUCAUCUCCCCGUUCGUCCAGCUGUCGGACCAGGCGUGGGGGCCGCUGCCCUACCUGAUCUUCGGCGCGCUGUCCGUGGUGGCCGGGCUGGCGGCCUUGCUGCUGCCGGAGACGCUCGGAGUUCCCCUGCCGGACACGCUGGAGGAGGGAGAGAACUUCGGAAAGUGA